UUGAUCAGAUACUUUUUUUUAGAAUAAAAGAACAUACAGAUCUGAUCUGAUGCAGACCUGUGGUAGAAUCAAUAUUCUGCUGAGUAUCAAGAUUGUUCUUUGACUAGCCAUACUAAAGGAGAAGAGUACGUUCAUACAGCUUGCUAGUGUACUUCAGAGAGAAUAAGACUGAGGAUUAAGAACUGAUGGAACAGAUUCUAAAAAUGGAAUGGGGAGGAGAGUAUUCACUUGAUUCUUCCAAUUUAGACUGUUUGUUAAAUGUCCUUCCUGGAGAAUUGGAAAUUCAACAAAUCCUGAGUGAUGUUGAUGAGAAAAUAAAGAACAACUCUUCCAGCAUAGAAAAGUGUCUUAAAGACCUGCAAAAAGAAGUAAAUGAAAUAUGUACUGAUGAAAUUCUACAAAGCACAACUGACUGCAUUCAGUGGCUAAAUAACUGCAAUUUUAGUUCUCUCAGAUCUUCUUCUACAGACCAUGGAGAGCUGACGGAGUUCCUUAGGACCCUGCAAAGCUUGCUGAAGAAUGAGCAAAAUCAAGAAGAAAUGGUACUUCACUUCCUUCUGGAUCUCUCUAGUCAGUGUGGUGUCUCAUUUCCCUGCACUCCAACUGGGACAUCUUUUGAGUUAACAUCUUCCCUUCAUACCAUUGAGGAUGAUUCAGCUAUGGAUGUGAAGUCUCUUUGGGAUGAUGUGAGAUUGCAUCUUCGACAAUUUUUAAUAAAUAGACUGCAAAGUCAAGAAGAAGCAAACGCUACUGCUUUGCAACAACAAAUGGAGUUUAAAACUCAGUGCAUACAGCAACUUUUGUUUCUUUAUCCUGAAUCAGAAGUCUUAACGAAGUAUCAAAAUAUGCAGAAUAAACUGGUUAGCGAUCUUCUACAGAACUGUAUUUUAUCUAGUUGUGGUGAAACAAAUUUUGAUAAGGUGGUUCAUGGUUACCAAAGUUCCAUACCCACAUUGUGCACAAUGAUAAAAGAAGAUUUGUAUAUACUAAGUGGAACUAUUGAUCCUUCUUCGUCAUUGAAGUUUAUUAAUGAAACUUAUCUGGAUACCAUCACAGAAGAAAUGACAGUUCUUCUUGAAAGACUUUGUGAGCUGCAGUUCAAAGAAAAUGCUCUACAUAUAGUUAAAGCAAACAAGAUUUCAAAGAAGUGUAGAGGAACAGUUCACGCUGUGGCCUCCCAAGAAUACCCCAGAAAAGGAAGGAACUUCUGCUUAACAUUGUAUCAACUCAAAUGUCUUUCUCAACUUAUCAAACUCUUCUUAUUAAUGGAGGAAAAAAUUGAAGAGCUCUGUGCAGAAAUUCUGUUGCUGCCUUCAUUUAUGGAGCGGAAUAAGAACGUUCAAGGAGUUCUGAAGAGAGCUAGUGGGGAGCUUUUAAUAGGAGAAACUAGAGCAAAUGAAACCAGCGUGCUUCCUGAACAGUUACUUCAGGUAGAAGAGCCUAUUUUACUGAAUUUUGGCUGGAGAAAUGCAUUUAAAGACCUGUCUUCUUCUGUGGCUCACUGUAUAACAAUAGCAAUCGAGGAUUUUUCAUCUAAAAUUCUUCAACAUGAGCAGAAAGAAGAGUUUUCAGCUGCAGGCUGUACAAUGAGUCUUGUAAACAACCAGCAAAUGAGGGAGUCCUGCAGAGCAGUCCAAGAGGAGGAGCAACCAAAACGAAUUGCUAAGUUUUGUUCUGACAUCAUGGAAGAACUGGACACAUUGCUUCCAUUGGCUCUGGCAUGCAGAGAUGAUUCUCUUCAGGAAAUUAGAGCAAACUUUGUAGAGGCCUGCAGCAAAGUGGCAACAGCUGUGCUGGCAAGACUCGAGGAGAAGAGCAAAGACAUUCCCUCCAAGGCUCCCCUGCAAGACUUAUGUGCUGCCCUUUCCACAGCGAUAUAUGUCUUUCAGCAUUUUACAAUGUAUAGCAAUUUAAUGAGAGAAACAAGCAAAAACCCCCUGUUCCUAGUGCUUGUCCAACAAUACCAGGAAUUCAUCAGUGUUCUCCAGUUUCAAGUAACGAACUACUGCAUCAGAGUUUGUGCUACAAGCAUAUUACAGGAUGCUGAGAGCCACCACUGGGAUGACUACAAAGCUUUUUAUGAGGGGGAAAGAUGCUCAUUCUCUGUCCAGAUGUGGCAUUACUUCUGCUGUGCUAUUCGUCAUGAUCUAUGGACUAUUCUACCUCCAAAGACAGCCCAGGAGAUUCUUACAGAUAUACUAGAGCAAUCUUUGGAUAUUCUGUCCUCCAGAUAUUGUCAGGUGCAUCCCAGUUACAAGAGAACACCUCAAAUCAGAAUUGAUAUUGCAGCAAUUUUGAUGUCCACUGAAGAUAUGCUCUGGUCAAGUUGUAGUUCUGUACAGGAGUUUCUGAAUCCACAUGAAGACAGAGAUCUCAAGAUCUAUAAAAUACAUAGCCACUGCAAUAAUCUGAUCUCUGUGCUGGCUAUUUUAACUUCACCACUGAAGAAUUUGUAUGAGACAUUACUGAAUAGUUGUGGUGAACAUCUUCCUCAAGAGUCUUCAGAAGUCUUUUAUCAUCCAUCACAUUGGUUAUUUUGCAUACCAUCAUCCUGUUUUUUCUUACUGAAGAUUCCAUCAGCCAGAGAAAUGGCAGCCCAGGGUCAGCUGAAACUGCUCUUAUCCCAGCCGUAUUGUAAUUUGAACUUGCUUUUGGACACAUUGCUACAUCAUGAUUGUCUCUUAGUGAAAAUUUUGCUGAGGAGCUCAGGACAUGAAGCAUUGAAUCGUGAUGAACAAAGUUCUCUCUUAGAACAGAUAAAUAACAAAGAGCCUACUCUGAUUGAAACAAUCUUCACAGUAUUGUCUUACUGCACUUUAUCGCCCAAAUCUCUUGGCAUUGCUUUUGAGACCUACAUGGAAAAAGAGCAGUUGUGGAAUUGCUUAUACAGUAUGACAGUUUCCAGUUGUGGUGAGUCAGAGCCAGAAGUUAUCAGAUGCUUGAAGUUGACUUUGAUUAAUUCAGUCAAGGGUGUAGUGAAACAGAUUAUUUCUUUGAUGCAUUCAUGGGAGGCAACAGAAAACUAUGGAACUUACCAGCACAAGCAAAUAGUACCUGAAAGUUUACUGAAAACAGUUCCAAAGGAAUGGAAUUACACUCCUCGGGAAAUGAAGAGAAAAGAAUCUGGGAAAUGCUUCACAAGGCUUGCAGCUCAGGCAGUAUCUAUUGUAAUCAGCAAGUUACCUACAGUGAUUGCAUGUUUGCCUCCUCCAAUUAAGUACUUCUUUUUUCUGGCUGAGAGAAAAAUGUCAAGAAACUUUGCUGAAUUGAAGAAAGCUGGUCUGCUUGUCUGGAACUUGAUUCUAAUUAUAUGUCGGAUAUUUGAGGAUGGAAAUACUGCAGAACUUUUAACAGGUGCAACACUUGACAGAUGGAGCAAAGAAAAACUCAGUUUAGUUCGUGUGUGCUUAGAAAGUAUUAUGGGAAAACAGAAAAGUGGUCCUAAGCAAGUGACCCAGAAGAUUAUACAAAACAUUGAACAGCAGAGACCAAACUGGAUUGAAAGCCAGUUGCUGAAGGCAAGAAAAUUGAGCACAGACUGUGCCUCAGACACAGUAGAAGGUGCAACGUUAGAGGAAGGAGGUAUUGCAUUUGGAUUCACUGAGCAGAAAAUAAACAUGAUGGUCCUGGAUAUCUGCCACAAACCAGGUGGCAGCGAGUACCUGAGGCAAAUUUAUCACAUCAUCCAGCUCAAUGAGGAAUAUUUGAAAGACCAGCUGUCUUGUGAGAAUUCUUCUGAAGAUGGUGUUAUGUCCAGUCAAUGCCUGCCUUUGACGCUGAAGGGCAGAGAAGAGCAGCCUGUCUUCAACCCUUUCCAGGUGUACAGACAAUCUUGUGCAAAAGUGUUCAAUCAGUCAACCAGUACUGAAUGGAACUGGGACUGGUCAAACUUGCUACCAAGUUGCUUGGGAUUGAAUCAGAUGACCUUCAGGGUGCUGCUGACACACAGCGGGAUGGAGAAGAGAAUUGGGGGCAGAAGAGGUCAAGAUCACGGGUUGAGAGAAGAACAAUUUACUGGAAACAGCAAUGAAAUAAGAAAAUGAACAGUAACAGCAACAAUACUAAUGACAAAGAGUACAAGAAAGAGGCUAACAAUUCACAAGAAAAGCCCCUGAAAAUAGACAAUAGCUAACUGUCGGGUGGGGUCUUUAUAUAAUAAAGAAAUUAAGUCAGCUCCCUGAUGAGAUGGUAAUCAAAGAGGCUUUUAUUCAAACCCAGUGUUGUUUUUAUCCCUUAAAACCAUGUGACCUUGUGACCAAUGAGGGUACAUCUUUCCACGCAUGUCCCCUGGGCUUCCCUGCCCUGGGUGCUUCCCCUGCACCCCUGGACACGCCUCCUACAUCACCCCCUUCUCAAUUAUUUAAGACGGUCAUGAGAACAGUGCAAAAACAACAGUGCAAACAACAGAACAGUAUAUUAUAAUCUACCAUAGCUUUGCAAUGACCCAGCACAUCGCUUGCUUUGGCUCCUUAUACAUCUAUUGUAAACCUUUUAAAACCUUCUUAUAUUUCUAAGGGGUAGUGCAACUUGGAAAAAUAACUUUAUUAACCUAGGGGCCUUAGCCCAACCGUGCAUAGACUUAAAACCUUUAUUAAUCUGAGGGUUUAAAUAACUGGGAAAUUCAACUUUAUUUCAAAAACAGGAUAAGCUUACCAAACUAAAUUCUCUUAAAGUGACCAUGUGGCAGAGGUAGUGUUAUUUUGUGAGAUGUUUGGUGUUUAGGGCACUUGUCCAGUCAAACAACUCUCUUAUUCAUUCACACACACAUUCACUGACGGCUGUCAUUCCAUUCAUCAUACACACACUCAUGGAUUUUGUAUAGACUCUGCAUUUUGCCACACUGGUCAUCCUCAAAUGUAAACCUGAAACGGAAACAUAACUUUUUUAUAACUUCUGCGUUACUCUGGUUCUUACUGCUGUGGUUGUGUACCUAGGUAGGGUCUAACACACCUGGAGGGAAUCCAUUUCAGCUCGUUUCCUGUAGCCACACAGGCAUAGCCUUGCCCCCAAGUCAUGAAGUCCACUGGUCCCGUCCACUGCCCUGAAAUCAGAUCUCUCACCAUGACUGGUGGUUUGGGACAGGCAAAAGCCUGAGGCCUGUGCUGCCUUUCGUGCUUGCUUUUUUCAACUGUCACAAUUUAAAAAAUUUAGGACAUAUGUGGCUUUCCACAGAUGCUCUUGCGGACUACAGACUGAUUCCCCACUUUUCUGUUUAGUUAACAUGUCUUUCAGUGUGCGAUGUGCCCUUUCAGCAAUUGCUUGUCCAGUGGGUGAGUGUGGAAUACCUGUGGUGUGAGAAAUUCCCCAAUCUGACAGGAAGUUUCUUACCUUUUCUGAAAUGAAAGCUGGCCCAUUGUCGGUCUUAAUCUAUUUUGGGGUACCAAGGGUUGCAAAACAACUGAGCCAGUGUCUUAUUACAUCCUUGGCCUUUUCUCCAGUGUGUGCAAUGGUGGUUAUGUAUUGUGAAUGGGUAUCUACUGUAACAUGUACGUAUUUUAAUGUGCCAAACUCGGCUAUGUGUGUGAUAUCGUUUGCCAAAUCUCAUUUGCCAUUAACCCUCUGGGGUUAAUGCCUUCCUGAGAUGGCAUGGGUGUGAUUUGCUGACACUCUGGGUAUGACAUGAUUAUGUCUCGAGCUUGAUUGAGUGUUAUUUGAAAUUAUCUCUUCAGUGAACGUGCGUUCUGGUGGAAAAAUGAAUGAGAUGAUUUUGCUUGCUCUAAGACUCUAGGUACGGUGUUAAACAUUGCUGCUUUGUCAGCCUCUCAAUUCCUGUCAGCUGUUGGUCCUGGCAUUUCAGUGUGUGACCUUGUGUGCAUUAUGUAAAAAUCAAACUUUCUGUGAUUGACAAGAAACCAUACAGAACACAUUUCAAACAACAGGUGAGGGUUAGCAACAUCUCGAAGAAAUGAACUUUCAAGAUGGGACACUAACCCUGCAGCAUAACAGGAAUCAGUAACAAUAUUAACAGGUUGUUCAGAAAACUUUCCCAAGGCAAUACGUAUGGUAGCCAGUUCCAGAACCUGCACAGAGCCCUGGUUCAUGGUUUGUACCUCUCCUUCCCAUUGUCCUGUGACAGAGCUUACCCAUGCCACUGCAGCUUUUGGGGUCUGCCCAGAUGCAUCUGUGAAGACCAUAAGGCCUUUCACUGGUUCAUGUUUGCAUCUGGUUGUGGCUUUUAAGGGUAGAUUACUGACUUCUGCCCACAAUCUGUGUUUAGGGAGAUGAAUUGAAAUGUCACCGUCAAAGCCUGCCAAGGCAGCCUGGAAUCCUGCAUCCUCAGCUAGCAUCCAUCAAGGUUGUCCUUUGUAGCUGGGAUGUAUAUGGUUGCAGGAUCUCUCCCGUCCAGCUCCUUUAGUUGUCCUCUGCCUUUAAUGACAAGCUUGGCGAACAUUUCAUUAGUAGUCCAUACAGUUUUAGGUGGUGUGUGGGGCAGAAAUAGCCACUCUAAAAUUUGCAGUGGGUCUUUUUCAGUCUGAUCCCACUGAAACAAAACUGCAAAUGGCUGGUACCUGCUGGGUGCGAGAGCAAGGCAGAUUUGCAGUUCAGGAUUUCUCCUUCUGCCUUGUCUGCUUUCUAUUGCCUUGGCACAAGUGUCUAACGCCUGCUUUACCUCUACUGUCAGAGACCUGCUAGACAUUAGGUCUGAGUCCCUCUUAAGCAGCUCAAUUAGAGGGUGUAGCUCCUCUGUGGUUAUGCCUAAAAUAGGCCUUAACCAAUUGAUGGCUCCCAGAAGUUUUUGCAGCUUGUGUAAAGUUAAAGUGUUUUUUACCUCGAGCUGCAGUGGCUGUGGAGAAAUUUCCUGCUGUGUGAUUUUCCAUCCAAGGUAUGUCCAGUGUUGCGAUUGCUGCAUUUUUUCUGGAGCAACCUGUAACCCUGCAUCUUGGACAGCUUUGAUUAGAGCAGUAACAACAAAUUGCAGUUCAUGUUCUGUGGCCUUGGUUAUUAAUAUGUCGUCUAUAUAAUGGUGUAUGAUGGCUGUUUGAUAUCUCAUCGGGCUAUUUUGCAUCCCCUGAGGAAGGACAACCCAGCGAUACCUCUGCAUGGGCUGAGCAUUGUUCAAGGCGGGGAUGGAAAAAGCAAACCUUGCUGCAUCAUCAGGGUGUAGGAAGACGGUAAAAAAGCAGUCCUUUAAGUCAAUUACCAUUAGUGGCCACUUUGCUGGAAGCACAUAGCAGGUGAGGGAAGUGCAGGCUGCAAUGCUCCCAUAGGUUCUAUGACUGUGUUUACUGCCUGUAAGUCUUUCAGUGUUCUCCACUUCCCACUCCUCUUGGGGACGCAGAAUACAGGGGUAUUCCGGGGAUUGGUUGUUGGCACAUUAUGACUUGCCUCAAGCUGCUUCCUCUCCUGCUCGCGAAAGUGGGUGGCAAAGAAGAGGAGGAUGGCGAGCAGCACAGCAGCAAGCAGUGUGGUGCCCAGGGCGUGGCCCUGGCCCUGCCCACGGCACCCUUGGUACAACUCAGCCCAUUCCCUGCUGCUUAGGUACUUGUGGGAUGUUGCUGCUAAGGGUCUCCAAGGGCAAUCCCUUUGAAAGUGGUCAGGGGCCCCACAUCUAAGGCAACUCGCUCUGGGUCUGGCCCCUUCCUGCACUCUUAGCUGGGUGCUUAAAGCUGUGGCUAAAGAGGCAGACUGGUGCUCCACAGAGCCAACUCCUUGGUAGAGUCGAACCAGCUCAGCAGUGCUACAACUCUCUCUUUUAGGAAGGGCCUGCAAAGCUCUUUUACAGUCUGGGUUCACCUUCUCAAAAGCCAGAUGCUUAUAAAGUGUCUCUCUGGCUUCAUUGUACUCAACUUGCUUUUUUAAAGCAGAUUGCAGUCAAUCUAGGAAUUGUGAAUAUGGUUCAGUAGAACCUUGUAACACUUUUGUGGAUGGCAGGUUGCUAUCUCGGUCUGUAGUGCUUUAUGGAGGGCAGACAUUAUCACUGUGUAAGCUGGAAUUAUAUUAUCGGCUCAGCGAUCUCCUGCCUUGGUCCUUUGGUUCUGGAUGUGUCCCAGUCUUUCCCAUAUGUCUAUAUGUAGCACUUCCAUUAGUGGCAGUGUGGGAUAUACAGACCUAAUAAACAUUACUAAUUCUGAUAAUUCUGCCUUUGUAGUUUGGAUGUGGAAAGAUCUUAGCGGUAGAGUUAAUGUUUCAGUGUCUUGUGAUAUCUCGGUGGAGAAAAAGCUUCCCAUGUUUUUUACCUUACUCUUGCCGCUGUGGACACACGUGUGCGGAGGGGUCCUUUGUUUUGCGGCUGCUGAGUUUUACUUUUGGUUUCUGGAUCGGCUGUUCUCUCACGGUGUCCCCGUCAGCAUCCAGUGCUGUCGGCUGCUGCUCUGGUGGCUUGGGGGCGGUGGCAGAUGGCAGAGGGAUCUCCCAGAGCGGUAGGUCCCACGGCAGCGGCAGUCGCGGCAGCAGCGGCAGUGGUCGUGGCAGCGCGUGAGGUUCCCUUACGGUCUGCAGUGCUCCUGGCAGCUGAUUCAGCGGUGUGGAGGCUGUACAUGGUGGCUACAGGCACGCUCAGACUGGCAGAAGGCGGCUGCGAGCUCUCACGGUCUGCUGGGCAGGGUGGGGACUCAGGUGCUGUGGCGGGGUUUCAUGGUGCGGCUUCUACGGGUCCCGCACUCCUUCUAGCAUGGGCAUGGGGCUUGCAGAGGCGGCAAGCGAAUGCGGGCGGGCAGCGGCUGCAUGGAGCUGUGGCUCUUCUCCACUUGACGGAAAGGUGCGCCGGUGCGGGGUUCGCAGGGUCUCGCAGUUGGGUUGGGGGUGUUCGAGCAGCAGUGGCACCUCUUUCCGCUCUCGGUGCUUAGCACAUGGCAGCAGCGGGCGGCAGGGGUUCCGGCAGGGUUCGGCGUGCUCCGCCACUCGUGUUUCCGAGCUGCGGGCUCACAGCCACUCAGGGAGCAGACCUGACCAUGGU